AUGUUUUCUGAAAAGAUUUCUUAUUGGAUGGGCUCCAUUUCAGAUGAUCCCAUCGUCGGCUUAUAUAAUACUUCAACUGGUCAAUCUACGGGUGGUUAUAAUGGCAGAUAUUCGAAUUCUGCUGAAGAUCCUCCAAACGCUAUUGAUGGUUUGUUAAACACGAAAUGUCUUAAUUUUGGAGUUCAAGAUAACGAUGGCUUCAUGUUAUAUAAUCCUGGAGUAAAUACUUUUUUUUUUGUAACGCCGACAAUAAGUAAUGCUUCUGUGGCUGUUGCUCUUCUUUUUGCAACUGCAGAUGAGUUUCCAUAUCGUGAUCCACUUACAGUAACUCUCGAAGGAACAAAUGCAACAGAUGUCGAAGCACUUCAUCUCGGCUCAAGUUGGACAUUGAUAUACAGUGGUCCAACAGGUAUUGAUCCUGCUCGCAAUACAUAUAUGCAACAACAAGAUUUCUCGAAUACGAUUGCUUUUAGAAGUUAUCGACUACUUGUUACUUCGCAAGAAGGUCUUAGCAAUUCUGUUCAAUACACCGAAGCUCAAAUCUUAGGUCAUGUUUGA